GUCUGGCAUUCCCUCCGCGUUUCGUCAGAGCCAGACCCGCCCGCGGCUGAAGGGAGGCGUGCUCGCCCCCGGAGCGGAGGCGAGCUGCGAGCAGAGCUUCCAGGGAAGGAGGUCACCGCUGGUCGCUCUGCGCCUGGUGCUCCCGAUUCGAGAGACUCAAAACUGCAGACUCAAAGCUGCAGAGCAGCCACCGGACGCCCACUGGAGCAGGCAGCAACAUGCAGCUUCUGCUAAGCUGGGGCAGACGCGCCCUGGUGGCGUUGAUCCUCGCCUGCGGCGUGGCGGGGGUCCAAGGAGAAGAGCCAGGAUUCCCGCCAGCCGGGGCUACUCUGCCACUUCUGGGGCACGGAGAGAUAACGACGCCCCCCACUGAGGUUUCCUGGCCGAGGGGUUCCAACUCCAGCGCGCCGUGGUCCUCUGCAUCUCCGCAGAUGCAUAAAGCAGGGAGAACACCUGGAGCCCCUCGACGCGCCUUCUCCCCUCCCCCCUGCGAAAAAUCCUUUGAGAUCAAGGAGACUUUCAAGUAUAUCAACACGGUGGUGUCCUGUCUAGUGUUUGUGCUAGGCAUCAUCGGCAACUCCACACUGCUGAGAAUCAUUUACAAGAACAAGUGCAUGCGAAACGGCCCUAAUAUCUUGAUAGCCAGCUUGGCUCUGGGAGACCUGCUGCACAUCAUCAUUGACAUCCCCAUCACUGUCUACAAGCUGCUGGCGGAGGACUGGCCCUUCGGAGUUGAGAUGUGUAAGCUGGUGCCUUUCAUACAGAAGGCCUCCGUGGGCAUCACUGUGUUGAGUCUGUGUGCCCUAAGUAUUGACAGAUAUCGAGCCGUUGCCUCUUGGAGUCGAAUUAAAGGAAUCGGGGUUCCAAAAUGGACAGCAGUAGAAAUUGUUUUAAUUUGGGUGGUCUCUGUGGUUCUGGCUGUCCCUGAAGCCAUGGCUUUUGAUAUUAUAACCUUCGACUACAGAGGACGUUACCUGCGAACCUGCUUGCUUCUUCCUACUCAGAAAACAGCCUUCAUGCAGUUUUACAAGACAGCUAAAGAUUGGUGGCUGUUUAGUUUCUAUUUCUGCUUGCCACUGGCCAUCACUGCUUUUUUUUAUACCCUGAUGACCUGUGAAAUGUUGAGAAAGAAGAGUGGCAUGCAGAUUGCUCUAAAUGACCACUUAAAGCAGAGACGGGAAGUAGCCAAAACAGUCUUCUGCCUGGUCCUUGUCUUCGCCCUAUGCUGGCUUCCCCUUCAUCUCAGCAGGAUUUUGAAGCUCACUCUUUAUAACCCAAAUGAUCCUAAUAGAUGUGAGCUUUUGAGCUUUUUGUUGGUAUUGGACUACAUUGGCAUCAACAUGGCUUCCCUGAAUUCCUGCAUUAAUCCUAUAGCUCUGUAUUUGGUGAGCAAAAGAUUCAAAAACUGCUUUAAGUCGUGCUUGUGCUGCUGGUGCCAGUCAUUUGAAGAAAAACAGUCCUUGGAGGAAAAGCAGUCCUGCUUGAAGUUCAAAGCUAAUGAUCACGGAUAUGACAACUUCCGUUCCAGUAAUAAAUACAGCUCAUCUUAAAAAGAAGGCAUAUUCACUUAAUGCCACAUUCUCUCUUGUGGACAGAAGUCAUUAAAUCAAGGAGGUCUUUGCCAAAACAAAACAACCAUGCGCUUGCACAAAACAAUGUAAGAAUGAAAGAGUGAUUCUUCUCUUAACACUCACAGUGACACAUGACAUUCCAUGAGCUGUUUACAGCAGGCGAAGAAAAGCAGGGAGAAUUGGGAAAGCCUCAUCAUGAAAGCACUUAAUUUUUUACAGUCAGCACCCAGAGUAGCUCUUGAUAGCUUCCAGUAUAUUUUGCCCCACUUACCUUUAAGCUGAGCUCACUCUGCAUUCCUAUUAAAGAGGUUUAUUUUUUAAAUUAAUGUGAAUCUGAUAUAAAAGAAAAUGGUGUUUUUUAAAAUGGCAUUUUUAAAUAAAGUUUAAAUGACUCAA